AUGGCGGGCCGCGCCUGUGCCCGACCCGGGACACCUGGCGGGCCACGCCAGCCCGUCCAGGGACACCUGGCGGGCCUUGCCCACCCGUCCCGGGACACCCGGCGGGCCUCGCCCGCCCGUCCCGGGACACCUGGCGGGCCUCGCCCGCCCGUCCCGGGACACCUGGCGGGCUCUGCCGCCCGUCGGGGAAGCCUGGCGGGCCUCUUGCCAGCCCGUCCCUGGGACGCAUGGCGGGCCUCGCCACCCGUCCCGGGACACCUGGGCGGGCCUCCCAUGCCCCCCCUUCGAACCUGUAGCGGGCCUCGCCCACCCGUCAAGGCCUGCCCGCGUCCCGGGACGCCUGGCGGGCCUCGCCAGCUGUUCCCAGGAACGGGCGAGCGAGGCCCGCCAGGUAUCCUGGGACACCUGGCAGUCCUCGCCCACCAGUCCCGAGAAACCUGGUGGUGGGCCCGGCUGACCAGUCCCAAGACACCUGGGGGACCUCACCUGACCCCUUCCCGAAAACCCCGUAGCAGGCCUCGCCCACCCGUCAAGGCCCGCCCACCUCAUCCCGGGACACCAGGUCUUCCCGUCUCGGGACACCUGGCGGGCCUCGCCUGCCCGUACCAGGGACACCUGGCGGCCCUGCUGACCAAUCCCAAGACACCUGGGGGGCCUCACCUGCCACUUCUUGGGAUAUGUAGCGGGCCUCGCCCACCCGUGAAGGCUUACCACCCAUCCCGGGACGCCUGGCGGGCGGAGGCCCGCCGGUCCCCAGGACGCCUGGCGGGUGGAGGCCCGCCGGGCGGAGGCCCGCCGGUCCCCGGGACGCGCCGCCCGCCAGUCCCCGGGACGCCUGGCGUGGGCAGAGGGACGCCUGGCGGGCGGAGGCCCGCCGGUCCCCGGGACGCCGCCCGCCAGUCCCCGGGACGCCUGGCGGGCAGAGGGACGCCUGGCGGGCGGAGACCGCCCGCCUCCCCGGGACGCCUGGCUGGGACGCCUGGCGGGACGCCCCCGCCCGCCAGUCCCCGGGACGCCUGGAGGGCGGAGGCCUGCCGGUCCCCGGGACGCCGCCCGCCAGUCCCCGGGCGGGACGCCUGGCGGGCAGAGGGACGCCUGGGCGGAGGCCCGGCGGGUCGGACGGCCCGCCGCCGGUCCCACGGGACGCCUGCGGGCGAGGGACGCCUCCCCGGGACGCGUCGGCGGGCAGAGGGACGACCUGCUCGGUGGAGGGACGAGGCCCGCCCGUCCCCGGGACGCCUGGCGGGCGGAGGCCCGCCUGUCCCUGGGACGCCUGGCUGGGCGGAGGCCCGCCGGGUCCCCGUGGGACGCCUGGCGGGCGGAGGAGGCCUCCCGACGCCUGGCCCCGCCCUGACGCUCGGGCGGACCCGCCUGGCGGGCGGAGGCCGCCCGUCCCCGGGACGCCUGGCGGGCGGAGGCCCGCCCGUCCCCGGGACCCGGGCGUGCGGGAGGCAGCCCGUCCCGGGACGACCUGGCGGGCGGAGGGCCCGCCCGUCGGGACCCUACCCGGGAGGACAGCUGGCGGUGCGGAGGACCGCCGGGUCCCCGGGACGCCUGGCGGGCGGAGGCCCACCCGUACCGGCUGGGGCGCGGGACGCCGGUCGGGACCUGGCGGGCGGGAGGCCCGACCGGUCCCGGGACAUGGCGGGCAGGGCGCUUCCCGGACGCCUUGGCCCGGGCCGUGCCCCCCCCCGGGCCCGGACGCUUGGCGGGCCUUGCCGCCCGUCCCGGGACGCCUGGCGGGCCUCGCCCGCCGUCCCUUAA